AUGAACACACCCACAACGCCAGCCUCCCCGUCCACCACACCCACGACGCCAACCACGUCGCUCAACACAACCACAACAGCGGCCACCCCCUUCAAACCGCUGGAGAUAUUCGUCACCAACACCCAGCUUGACUACGUCGAGAACCUUCUAGACGUCGGCCUAAUCUCGGUACUGGCCGCCGUCGGCGUCGUCACCAACACACUCGACAUCAUCGUCUUCACCGCGCAGGGCUUCAAAGACAGCGUCAACAUCUCCUUGACAACCAUGGCCAUCUGGGACUUGGCCAGGUGCGUGUUUGGACUGUUUAUCCGCAUCUACGGCCCGCUAGGCUGGUAUUCACCAGUCUACAAGAAAACCUGGAAAAACUUGACCACGCCUACGAUCAACUACCUACAGGUGUUCACCAACUACGUGACCUACGUCUUGGCCGCCUACGUCGCCUUUGAGCGGUGCCUGUGCGUGUGCGUGCCCUUUAAAGUCAAGGCUAUCUUCACGCCGAAGCUCACGUUCUUCAUGAUGCUUCUCAUAUCGAUACUCGUUAUAGUAUCGUUCGGCGUCAUCUUUUUCGUCUACGAUAUCGUCUGGGUGUUUGACGUCGCCCUCAACCAAACCAUAGUCGUGUAUCGAUACAACGAUGUCUAUAAAAUCCACGGCGUAAAAAUAAUCGAUUACUUCAACCUCAUAGGCAUCCUGAACCCGAUUUUCUCUUUCGUCGUCAUUCUCGUCUGCACAAUCAUCAUCUUCGUACAGCUUCAGAAGAUGUCGAAAUUCCGGUUGAAUUCUGCGCACAAGACGAAAACAGAUUCGAAACGAGCGGAUAUGACGUCACGGGAUAAACAAGUGGUGAAGAUGUUGUUGGUGGUGAUUAUCGUCUAUAUCGUGGCCCUCAUCCCCCGACUGAUGCUGUACGCCGGCAAGAUGCUGGAGCCAGAGUUCUACUACCUAAAGAGGUACCACAACCUCUUCAACGUGUGCGCCUACACCGUCAUGGCCGUGGAUUUCAUUAACGCCUCGGUCCACCUCUUCAUCUACCUCUCCAUGAGCACUAAUUUUAGGACAACCUUUCAGGAAAUUAUUCUAAGACAAGGGGGGAAGAAAAACAACUUUAAUUCAGGGAUAUGCACCAUAGAUCUUGGAACAGACGAAGAGAAAGAGGACUCCUACAAUGCACUGCAAGCUUUGCCCAAGGAAAAGAUGUGGGCUAAGAUGGAAGAUGGGAGAGUUAAGACAGAAGAUGAAGCAAUUGAGGACGACAAAACAAAACAACAACAGAACAAAAUAUUGGGCAGUAAAUCUAAUGGUCCAUAG